AGUUGAACAGCUCGCGAGGAGGGGUGUCUGUGGAGAAGCAACCUUGGUCAUGGACCAACCGACCGGCCUGCAAGUCGACUACGUCUUCCGGGGUGUGGAGCAUGCCGUUCGGGUGGUGGUUUCUGGGCAGGUGCUGGAGCUGGAGGUGGAAGAUCGGAUGACGGCUGACCAGUGGCGGGGAGAGUUCGACGCCAGCUUCAUUGAAGAUUUGACUCACAAGACGGGGAACUUCAAACAGUUCAACAUCUUCUGUAACAUGCUGGAGUCAGCCCUCACCCAGAGCAGUGAGUCGGUCACCCUCGACCUGCUGACCUACACUGAUCUGGAGUCCCUGCGGAACCGCAAGAUGGGGGCCCGCCCAGGCCCUUUGGCCCCAAGAUCGGCCCAACUCAACUCCAAGCGCUACCUGAUCCUCAUCUACUCUGUGGAGUUUGACAGGAUUCACUACCCACUGCCCCUCCCAUACCAGGGCAAGCCGGAUCCUGUGGUUCUGCAGGGCAUCAUCCGCUCACUGAAGGAGGAACUGGGCCACCUUCGAGGGCUGGGGGGCCAGGAGACUCGGGACACCCGGGAGGCAGAGAUCUGGCACCUCCGGGAACAGGUGUCCCGCCUGUCCUCAGAGAAGCGCGAGCUGGAGGUACAGCUGGGCCGCUCCCGCGAGGAGGUGUUGGCAGGCCGGGCGGCGCGCCAGGAGGCAGAGGCGCUGCGCGGGCUGGUGCGCGGUUUAGAGCUGGAGCUGCGCCAGGAGCGCGGUGUCGGCCGCCCAGCGAUCCGCCGUGGCCAGGAUUGCCGCCGCCUGACCAAGGAGCUCGAGGAAGUGAGGGCGUCUGAGCGGAACCUGCGUGCGCGGCUGAGGACCCUCAACAGCGAGCUGGCUCAGUACAAGAGAGGGAGACGGACUCCGCCGGUGGCUCCACCUUCAGUCCGGGAGGACCGCGCCAUGUCGUCCCGGGAACGCUCCACGUCUCGUGGCCGCGGUGCCACUCGCUCCUCAUCACGGGAGAGUGGCCGUGGGGGCCGGGGUAGGGGCCGCCCCACCCACCCAUCUCCCUCGCCUACAGGUGUUCGCCCGACUCGUUUCGACCCCACAGCCUUUGUGAAAGCCAAGGAGAAGAAGCAGCGAGAGCUCAAGAUGAAGCAGCAGCAGCGGAACCGAUUGGGCAGUGGAGGCAGUGGGGAUGGUCCAACGAGUUCAUGGUCUCGUCAGGCCCGGCCCCCUGCCACCGUGACCGGCCGAGGGGACGCGGCUAACCGGUCCCGAAACCGCAGCUCAUCGGUGGACAGUUUUCGCAGUCGCUGCUCAUCCGCCAGCUCCUGCAGCGAGCUAGAGGAUUUCUCCGAGUCGCUCUCCAGAGGAGGCGUUCGCCACCGCAGGAAACUUCCCAGCCCCUCAACCUGGAAUAGGUCCAACACGAAGUCCAACCCCCUGGAACAGGGGAAUCAUCAAAGACGCCUGGGCAAUUCUGGGGGAUGGGUCCCCAUUAGAGCCCCCUACUUGCAUGCCCACCCCUCAGAUCACCAGGCAGCUGACAUAGCUGAAAUUGACGCCCGCUUGAAGGCCUUGCAGGAAUACAUGAACCGGCUGGACACGCGGCCCUGA